AUCAGCCAAAGCAAGAAGACCCUCCGUCGAACACGGACGUCGUCCCCAUUUUUUCUCGCCCUCGGUGCGUCGUCGUGUGGUCUGUGCCCGUGGUGUGUGGUGAAAAGAUAUCUGUUUUGUUUAUUGCACUUUUUGACCCCGGAAGGCGCUUCGGAGGUCCGGAAAGUGUACGCAGCUGGCGGUGCACACCGGAAGGAACACACUGCGGGUGGAAUCGGGCCGCGCCGGAUGUGCCCACGAGUGCCAAGUGCGACGAAAAUUUGAUCAGAAUUUUUCACCUUUUUUUUCUUCUGCUCGCGCUGGUUGCUUCGAUUCGCGGAAGAAGAAGACGUCGUCGGUCCUGAACCAAGAAGACGGAAGUGUCAUGCCACCGGGCCCGGAUAGUCGGAGUGGCCACCCGUAGCCGGAUGUGAACGCGAUAGCGGUGCUGGUCGAUUCCUGUCGUCCCCCUGAGGAGGAAGGUUUUUUCGCCUUCUGGGAGCAGCAGCCAUUUCUUUUGGUGGCGGAGCGCGUUUCUCCGCGCGAGAGCAGCCUUCUUUGGUUGCUCGCGUGUGUGUGUGUGUUUGUGUUUGUGCUGCAACGGUGUGAGUGAGAAGGCGCACACGUCCAGAAUAUCUCACUCUACGAAGAAGAAGAAGCAAACCGUGGAAGAGUGCGCGCCGUGCUGCCGGAAGAUUUUUAUUCUCAAAACCAUCAACGAAAGUGUGUGUGUUUGUGUGCACACACGGUGUGCGCAAUCCAGAUAGUGUGCGGUGAGGGGGUGGAAGCAAGUGGGGGAGUAGUGACGGUAGUUUACAGCUUUGAGCAGUGAAGGAAAGAAAAAUAACAGUGAAAAAUACAAAAAAACAUACACACGGGCACGUCGAAAAGAGUUCCCACCCCGUGAGUGAGUGAGUGAAUGAGGGUGGUGUUUGUGUGGGUGUGUUUUGAAGGGAACAACAACAACAACCAGAGUGGAGUGUUUUGGAUUAGCGGAAGUUGAGCCCUUCUUUCUGUUGAGGGACGGCGAUAAGGGCAGAUGGUUGGAUUAAGAAGGAACGCCAGAGGUGGCAGAGGACAUCGCGACGAUGAAGCUGUUUGCCACCGCGAUGGACGAUGCUGAGGCGAGGAGCAAUAGAUUGCCAUUAACAAUGCUACCAAUAUCUGGGAAAAGGUUGCCUUGAAGAUUGAAUAAUCUACGAACGGAAGAAGGAAGAAGAAACGGUGUAAACAAUUAUUUAUUUUUAAGUGUGUGACAAGAGAACAAAACAAAACGCAAAGCAAAAAGAUGGCAACACCAAACUACAAAGAGCUUAAGCUGCAGUCGCCGGCCGGCGCGGAACCGUUCCUGUACAACUGGCCGUUCUCGAUCGGCGGCGGCCACGACAACGGCAUCGAGCUGAUCGAGAACGUGCGGUGGGUGUGCGAGGACAUGCCGGAGAUCAAGUCCGCCAUCGAGGAGAUCAACCUGAACGAGCUCGACACGGGGGACUUUGACGCGAUGAAGAACCUGUGCGAUCGGUUCAACAAGGCCAUCGACAGUGUGGCGGCGCUGGAAAAGGGUACCUCGCUUUCGAGUCAGCGGUUUACGUAUCCCUCGCGGGGUCUUCUGAGGCACAUCAUUCAACAGGUGUAUAAUCAGGCGGUUGUAGAACCGGAAAAGUUGAACCAAUACGAACCGUUUUCGCCGGAAGUGUACGGCGAAACGUCGUUCGACUUGAUCUGCCAGAUGAUCGAUCAAAUCAAGAUAACCGCGGACGAUGUGUUUGUGGAUCUGGGCUCGGGUGUGGGGCAGGUCGUCCUGCAGAUGGCCGCCUCAACGCCGGUCAAGGUGUGCUACGGAAUCGAGAAGGCGGACGUUCCGUCGCGGUACGCUGAAGGGAUGAACGCCACGUUUAAGAUGUGGAUGCAUUGGUUUGGGAAAAAGUACAGCGAUUACGAGCUGAUCAAGGGUGACUUUCUGGCCGAUGAACAUCGGGAGAAAAUAACCGCAGCGACGAUUGUGUUUGUGAACAACUUUGCGUUUGGACCGAACGUCGAUCAUCAGCUGAAGGAGCGAUUCGCGGAUUUGCGCGAUGGCGCUAGGAUAGUGUCGUCGAAAAGCUUUUGUCCGUUGAAUUUUCGAAUAACUGAUCGAAAUCUGAGUGACAUUGGGACGAUCAUGCACGUUAGCGAGAUGUCCCCGCUGCGCGGGUCCGUGUCUUGGACCGGAAAACCCGUAUCGUACUAUUUGCACAUAAUCGAUCGCACCAAACUGGAGCGGUACUUCCAGCGAUUGAAAACAAAGGGAGGUGACAACGAGGGACCCACCAGCAGUACAACUACUCGAGCGUCCCGCUCAAAGAAGGAUACGGUCCCGAAACAGCCAGUCAACAAUGACGAAAGCACGUCCGAUAGUGACGCGGACGUCCCCGGACCUACGCAAGCUCCUCCACCUCCGCCUAGGAAACCCUGGUCGGGUUGGUGUAGUGGCAAAGAAAAGAGCAGCCAAUCCGAGGAGGAAAAUAACAACUCUCCGGUGCUCCGGAACGGCCGCAUUCCGGUGGCAACGAAGAAGCGAAGGAAAAUCACCCGGACGAAAACUGCCAAGAAAGAACCGGUGGCGCCAAAGGACAUGGUUGAUAUCAUCAUACCACAAAUGCCCCUUGAUGCCCAAGGCGUAGGCGCGAAGAAGCGUGGCCGCGGAGUCAAGAAGGGACGACAGCGGCGAGCACUCAAGAUCAACGGUCUCGAUUUGCUGCACAGCGAAACCCUGCUAAGUACCUCAGAUCAAGCAAUUGGCAAGCGGCUUCCGCCGGCACCGGGCUGCGUCGACCAGCUGCUCACUUCACUAGCUGGAGAUAUGCAGCAUACCGAGCUGGACAUUCCGGAAGCACCCUCGGAAACACCGUACGCAUUACAGAUUCUCCUGGACCUGUUCAAAACUCAGUUUAUGAAAGCAAUCGAAUCCUUCCGGAAACCUUCGUACAGGGACAACGUUCAGCAGCAGAUCGAACGCGAAAAGGAACGCAAUCAACGACUGCUGAAUCGCGCCGGUCAGCUGGAAAAGCAAAUCAAGGUCCUCAUCGAUGACAGCGUGGCCCUGCUGAAGGCACGCAUGAACGAACUGGGCAUUAGCACAACCAGUCAGAACGAUCUGCUCUGCAAAGCGAAGGAAAUCGUCGGACGACACAAAGAACUCCAGGUGAUGGCAGCAAAACUGCAAAGCCAAGUCACCACCAUCGAGCAGGAGCAGAAACGGAUAGUGAUGCAACACAUGCACCGAAUCGCCGACAAGUACAUCAAGACCGAAGAGGUCGAGCUAACGCCCAAGACUUCCCAGGAAAUGGUGCUGAAGGAGAUCGCCAACACGCUCUCCCAGAGAAAGAAACUGUGCGCGCAAGUUUCGUCGCUCGAAAACGAACUCAACAUAAUCGACAAACUUGCCGAAGAACGCAAGGCCAACCCGGUUCUAACCGUUACGACCGUCGCUCAGCAGAAGGAACAUCCUCAACAUCAACCCCAACCGCAGCAACAGCAGCAGCAGCAGUACCACCAAUCUCGGGUCGAUCAGCAGCAUCACCACGCGAGAGAACAUCCGGCGGCGGUACACUCGUCGCAACCGGCCGCCGCUCACGUGACGUCCCAUCCACCGUCAAAGCACAGUUCCGGGUCGUCGCGGUCACAGCGCAAGUCGCGCGAAAAUCGAACCCGCUCGCAAGAGUGGCCCGAAAUUCCAGAUAUCGGAAAGAUUGAGGAAAACAAUCCGGAGAUCCUGGCGCAGAAGAUUCUGGAAACUGGCCGCCAGAUUGAGGCUGGCAAGUUGCGGAAUCAAAAGGAGCGUGAAACGAAGAAUCAUCACAUGCAGCAGCAGCAGCAUGCGUCGAUACCUCCGCAGCAGUCCCAAAUCCAUCACCCGGGCGAUGCUGCGCUCAUGCCGGCCCCACCAACCCUGAACAAAUCCCAUCACCGUAACAGUAACAGCAGCAACAACAACGCAAGCGCAAACAAUACUGCCAACCUAGCGAAAACUUACGUACCUGGUUCAUCUGUCGUCGGGGCAGAAAUGUCGAGCGUCAAGGCGGAACCCCGCGCCAAACUGCAAGACUCGCACAAAGUCGUCAACUUUGAGGAUCGACUCAAGAGCAUCAUCACGUCGGUGUUGCAAGGUCCACCCAAAACAAUCUCCGCUAGCCAGCAGCAGCAACCACCGACUCAGCAGGUUCAAAUGGUGCAACAGCAGCAGCAGCAUCCGCAGAUGAUGCUGGCGCACGGAACGGAACACAUAUCGCCCGGGAAAGGAUCCUCCUCGUACGGUAAAACGGUGUACCUCCAAUCUGGUCCACCGACGAGUUCGAUGCACAGCGGAGGCACCAUCCACGACAUGUCCUCGCGAAGUAGUGGCCAACAUCAACUACCUCACCCGUCUUCGUCGCAGCCGCCGCAUCAUCUGAACGCCUCGACCACAAUCGCCACCGCUCCCGUAUCGCCGUACAAGGUGGUGCAACCUCACGGCGGUAGCCAAAGUACGAAAAUCUCACCGAGUUCCAAGUACUAUCAGAAGGGAAUGUCUGCCAGCUUGAAUCAUCACUCGCCUGGGGCGGGUGCCGUCAACAACAACACCAGCACUCAUCAGCAGAUUCUGCAGCAACAGGAGCGUGAGGCACGCGAGCGUGAAAUGCGCCAGAAUCCGGUCGUCAUGCAGCAGCACUACGGAGGCCAACCUCACCCGGCGAUAGAUCCACAUCACCUGCUGCACCGUGGCGGCGUCACCAUGGACGGCAAGCUGGAGUUCAAAGCACCGGAGCAAUCGUACCGGUACGAUCCUCGCAAUCCCGUUGAAGCGCCGAUUUACCAGAGCCACUCGCGAAGUUCUUCGGCCACUUCGUUGGACGGAGACUACCCACCCGGUCCGGGUGGAAACGUGCGCUACAUCGGCGUCCCAACAGCCCAGCAGCAGCAGCAACAACGCGAUCGCGAUCAGCGCGAUCAACAACUCGGCGGAAACAACUCCCGCCCUGGAUCGUCUUCAUCGCAGCCCGAUUAUACGCAGGUGUCGCCGGCAAAGAUGGCUCUCAGAAGGCAUCUUUCGCAGGAAAAGCUGACUCAUCCGGGAAUGCCUGCGAGCGGCAGCGGCGGUUCCACGGUCAAAACCAUCGGCGAUCUGGUGAAUGGGGAGAUCGAGCGCACGCUGGAAAUCUCCAACCAGUCCAUCAUCAACGCGGCGGUCAACAUGAGCACGACGGCAGGCCAGGCGGCGGCUGCGAUUCACACCGUCAUCAACACGAAUGUGCAGCGACCCGAGCGGGUCAGCAUCCGAGUGCUGGAAGAGCUCGGAUUGAAUGGCGGUGUUCAGACCACGUUCAGUCCGGUUUCGCGCCCCAACAGCAACGAAACGAGCAAAUCUCCGGUGCAUCUGCACGGCCAAAGCAAUCUGGCCACGCUGGCCCAAGUUGCCACCUACAACAACAAGAAACCACCGGCGCCCGCAGCGUCCUCCUCGCAGCAGCAAUACAGCGCCUACCAAACCGGGCGGGGACCCCAGGAUAAACCUCCAACGACGAGCUACCCGGCGCCUGGCGAACGUGUCGAAGCGCCGCCGUACAUGGCUCUUCCGCGGGCCGACAUGAAACCGUACCUGGAAUCGUACUUUAUCGAUGAACACAAGCGACAGCAGCAGCAGCAGACGCAGCAACAGUUGCACCGCCAAGGGUCGCCAGCAAUUGCGACCCAGGCCCAUCAUCAUCCUACGGCAGCACACCAUCCACCGCCGCAGGCCAGUGCUCGCGGCAACGAUCACCAUCAUCGGGGCCAUCCGGCGCCGGUUGAUCGUCGUGAAACGCCGAUGGCGCCGCACCUGAUGGACGAUCGGAUGGACCGGCUGAACGGAAGUCCUCCGCUGGAAGGUCUGGCCGCAAGUCUUCAAGCGCGCGUAAUUGCUCAGCUCAAGAGCAAGGAGGAAGACGAAGAGCGACACCGUCGGGCCGACCUGAUGGCGAUGCACAACUCCGGCUCCGUCGGAAGCAAUAACAUACAACUAGUACAAACACCACACCUGAAAGCCGAUAAAUACCCAUCCGGGCUGAAACGCACCUCGCCCAUCAUCGAGAACCCGCCGCGACCUCCCAAGAUGCUGUACACCGACUGCUCGGACGUGAUGAUCACGCCGGAGCUGUUGCACGCCGCCAGCCGGGGAGUUUCGGGCCCGUCGCGCAACAUGGCGCUGAUGAGCCCGGAGAUCAACUCGCUGACGACGGUCGGUGACGAUCGGCACCAUCUGCUGCGCCACGGCAGGAACGACGUCGACGAUGACGUUGGGGACGAUGAAUCGAGCUGGCACGACCGCGUCAGUUCCGGGUUCGAUCGGUUGGUGGCGUUUGCGUCGACUGAGCUGGACAAAACGCGUCGAUCGAACGAGGAUGCUCCGCCCUCGUCCACCAGUUGCACUACCUCGCCGGACUCGGGCAUCAACCAGAGUGACCACAGCCGCACCUUCCUGUCGUCUUCGUCGUCCUCGUCGCAGCUGGACGUGCCACCGAGCAGUGUGAGUGCGGGAAGCGGAAGCAGCAGUAGCAGCGGCGGUGGCAUGAUGAAGCACAUUGUUCCGAUCAUCAAGUCCUCGCCGGCGGAACCGGUCGAAAGUCCUCCGCUGUCGGACGUUGGCCUGCCACGGACGCCCAGUCCCUCAUCGAGUCCACCGCUGAUGUAUCAUCAGUCUGCGGCGGCAGCGGCGUCGGCAGCAGGUCCUCCUUCGGCAGCUGCGACUGCCAAUCUCAUGCACGGAAGUAACAGCCUCAAGAUCCCGCUCAAGUACCAGCGCCAAUCGAAGGUAUCUUCGGAGAAGCACUACAAGAAAAAGUUCCGCGAACGCAACUGGGAAGAGUACGAGGAAAGUCUCAGCGGACGGCUCAGCUCGACGGGCAGCGCGGAACCGUUGGACCAGGACUUUACCGAUGGAUUCGGGGGUGGUUCGGCGGGAACAAGUGGUGGCGCCACGUUGGCAGUGGGACCUCCGCUGGAUGGAGGAAUUCAACAGGGAACGACGAUGACGACGACGGGGGCAAUGACCGCCACCACCAACAGCAAUGACCAGCACCAUCACCACCACAAGCACAAGUCGGCCAAAUUUCGCCCAAAGGGAAAGGACUGGAACUGGGACGACGAACACUCGAACACAUCCUCAUCUAGCUCUAAUCGGCACCGACCAGGCAACACUUCGACAUGAGACGCUGUGGCUAGAAAGCAGCAGUAGCAAGCAAGCAGUUCCUUCACAUUUGACGACAUUUUCAUUUAGGUGUACGAGUUAUCUCUCCCAGAAGCCAUAACCGCCAAGCAAUUGCUCAAUAUUUUCGGUGACAAACAAAUUAGCUUAGAAGAACCUUGUUUGAAAGACUGAAUUCUGACUAAAAUUAACGUUUAAUAUAUUUAUACACAAUAAAGUUUCCAAAUUGUCGACAGUCGUGGAGUCAUCUCUCAUCUUUAAAACAACAUUUAAACCUGCCACCUCCGGUUGCUGUACGGUCGACAACUUCAACUUUAAUUUUACCGCAAAUCCGUUCGGAGCUUGCAGUUGAACUGAUGCACAGUUCGUGUUCACAAAGUUAAUUUGAGCAAUUCUCGCUAGGAUAUCCAGGGUUUUUUUUUGUUACUCAAGAAGCCAUUUCAAAACACUGGUUCGUUCAUUCAUUUUUAACAUUUGCCAUUUUGGCAAUACAUACAAAACAACCAUAAAAAUUUAUUUUUAAGAUCAGAGUUUCUAAUCGACUUUGUUAAUCAACACAUAAAUUUUAGGCAAUCUAGGUACUUGAAGUUCACGUCUUUGUUGUUUGGGAAGUGCAAGUUCUGUGAAAAGUAAUUACGCUUUUCGGUACUUGCAGUUCACCUCCGUGUUCGGGAAGCGCUUUUCCGGUGACCAACUUUAUUCAUUCUAGGUUCUUAAAGAAAAAGUUCAUCGUUCUAAAAUUAUUUUCAUAGCAUUUUCGUGCUGCAAAAUUGUAUGCACGAACUUAUAGUGCAAACCGACUUCUUUAGCCAAACAGAAAAAAAACUCACAAAGGUUAGAUCAAACUUAAAAGUUCUAAAAUUAACACUGUUCACAGCCCUGGAGAAUUGCCCAUCCGUCAUUCCUCGCGCUGACUUAUUCCCAAAACGCGAGCUAAAUUAAAUUCAAAACAAACCAUACUGCCACACUACUCUGUUGUUGGAUCGUUUACAGUCAAUUGCAGUUUCAGUUUAGUAGAGCUAAGUUGCACCCCCAAACCACAACAACAACAUAAAUAAACCCUUGUCUGUCGAAUGUGUAUCGAAUGAAGCAAAGCGUGUUGUUCUAGAUUCUACCUUAGCGAAACGAGCGGACCGCGUUUACAAUCGAUCGUCCCGAGCCAUUCUAGUAACGUACAAAUAUGCAACUAAGUAACAACACAAAUGCGCGGAGAAAAAAAAUAUAUUUGUUGGUAAAAGAAAACGCAAAGCAAACAAAAAAAGUAUUCGUAUUGAACAUGGGACAAAAAUUUGUCCUUUUUACGAGUAAAUUAGAGGAAAUCAUUGGAAAAAGGUAGCAAUUGACAAGCAGAAUGCAUAAAGUAAUAUUAAUCUAGAUUCUUUAGAUUGAAAGGAUGGAAUGAGGCGGCCAAAAGCAUCUCAUUUUCAUCUUUUAAAAGAAUAAACAACUUAGAUCUUAGCAGGGAAACGAACAAGUUGCAAAACACCUCAGAUAUCUACACAUAUUUUUAAUGGAUUUCCGAGAACGUUAGAUUACAUACAUGUGUAACAGUGCUGUACAUAGAGUAACAUAAUACUUUGCGAUGGUUUUAUUUCUAGUUUUUGUUUUAAAUGCCCACCCCUCCGAGUGGUGCAAUUGCAAUCAUUUCUUAUUCAAUUGACGAUAAGUAGCCAAUCAUUUGUUUCUCGCUGUAGCUUUACGAUUGUUAAGAAAAACUAUGCACUAGGCAGAACUGCAGAUAAAACUGCAAGGUAAAACCCAUAUUUAAAUUAUCCAUACACUGCAUACUCACAUGAAACUAAUCGAAACAAAAUAAAAACACUACCAACCAGAUGCCCCCAAAUCGAUACAGUUUAUAUAUAUUUCUACGGGUUUGGUUCGAACAUCCACCUCUAGAAACUGUUUUAAAAAGCAUAAUUUAGCCAAGCACAAACUCGGCUUAUCAUCCCACACAAACAAACACACACCCCAACAAGGAUGCUAAACUUGGGAUAUCGAGAGAGAAAAAAAAAUCACAUAAAAUAAUGUACUAUUAAACAGCAAAACAAAAACACAAAUAUGAUCUAAAUAAAAACUACCUUGAACGAUAAGUAAUGUAAUUUUAUAGAGUUUUAAGCCUAAAUCAUAAAUACAAAGUCCCUUCUCCACGAGAGGAUGAGUAACGUUCGACAACACUCAGCAAUUCGUAACGCACCCCGCGCGCUUCGUUAUUAGGUUGACACUCUAAAAAAAAAGAAAGAAUGAAACCCAAUAAGCAUGUCGCGAAGCUGGGUACUGUAGCAAAAAAGUAAAACAAAAUGUAAUUUAUUGUGAGUACUCUAAGUAUGUAACAUAGUUCGAUUAAUUUAUGGAAACCAACGUGAUUUCGCUCUUGUUAGGUUAUUUCUUUUUAUAUAAUUUUAUUUAUAAACAAAAAAAAAACAUUUUUUGUCUCAUGUUAAAAUAAAUCGGCACCGUAAUCCGUAAUCAGGCGAAACUUUGUGAGCUAGGAUAUUUGUUUGCGAGCUGAAAAAAGAAACUAAUAUGAAUGAAAGUAGUAAUACGCAGGAGGAGAAGAAAAAAAAACUAGGCGGUACAACCUAAGUAGUUCCAUUUUAUUAUGAUUGAAAAAAGGUGACAUGUACUGUACUAUUAUUACACCAAUAACUAAAAUAUAAUUAAAAAAAUAUUAAGAGAAAAAUAAAAUCCAUGCUAUCACA